AUGAUGGCGACCCAAAGCCCCGACGCCGUCUCAAACCCCGCGACAUCGAUCAGUUUCCCCCAGGAUCCGUCCGAAUUCGACAGCGACCCGCGGGUCUCUUUCUCCAAGCUAGACAACAAAUUCAUCCUGGAAACCGAUGAGGGAAACGAGUUUGAAUACGAUACGGUGCUGAAGCGAUGGAUUCCGACGGUCGAUGAUGACUUGCUCCGACAGCAGCAAGAAGCCUACAAAGUUCAAGGGGUCGAUGAGAACGAGACAGUGACGGCGCAGCAACUGAAACAAAAGCGGAAGCAACAGGCAAAUGACGAGGGCAACGGACAAAAACCAAAGAAGCAGCGUGUCAACACAGCCGUAUUCGUCACCUCGAUCCCUCUGGAUGCAGGCUUCGAGGAAAUCCGAGAUACCUUCUCUAAAUGCGGGGUGAUCGCCGAAGAAAUCGACAGCGGCCGUCCUCGCAUCAAGAUGUACAACGACGACGACGGAAAGUUCAAAGGGGAAGCCCUUAUCGUAUACUUCCGACCCGAGUCGGUCAACCUCGCUAUUCAGAUGCUGGAUGAUUCGAACUUUAGGAUCGGACAGGAAGGUCCUCAGGGGCCCAUGCGGGUUCAGAUCGCAGAUUUCUCGUUUAAGAGCCAGCAAGAGCAGCCGGCCAGGACUAGCAUGAGGGAUAGGAGAAAGAUCAUACAGAGGACGCAGAAGUUGAAUAGCAAACUCGCCGAUUGGGACGAUGACGACCCAUCUACGUUACCGGAAACCAACUCCAAGUUUGAGAAAAUCGUCAUCUUGAAGCACAUGUUUACUUUGGAAGAGCUCAACGAGGAUCCGGCCGCCAUUCUCGACAUCAAGGAGGAUAUCCGUGAAGAAUGUUCCAAACUGGGGGAGGUGACCAACGUUGUUCUCUACGAUAAAGAAGCCGAUGGAGUCGUCAUGGUCCGCUUUCUCGAGCCAGAAGCGGCCAAACGCUGCAUCCAGGUCAUGGAUGGACGCUACUUUGGCGGAACGCGCGUUGAGGCAUACAUUGCCAAUGGCAGUGAGCGGUUUAAGAAGAGCAAUGAGAAACGAGCGGCGUUGGAGGAUCUAGCGGAGAGAGGACUUGAUGCGGAAGACUCGGACGAAGAGCAACGGUUGGAUGAGUUUGGCACGUGGUUGGAAAGCUCUCAUACGGUGGAGAACACGGCCAAGUGA